UUUUAAUUUGAACGAUAACCUACGAACUUAGAAAGAUGUAAAUAUCGGUACACAUAACCUAUAUUAUUCUAAAAGGAUUUAACAAUGUAUUGGAUUCAUUUAAUUAAACGAAAUAUAGUGUAUAGUAAUAGACAAUAUAGUAAACAAGUUUCUAAUAAAUGGAAAAGUGUUGUUGGUUUAGAAGUGCAUGCACAGAUCAGUUCAAAUAGCAAACUGUUCUCUGGAUCCUCAAAUGAAUUUGCCAGUCCUGUUAACAACAAUGUUUCCUUAUUUGAUUGUUCAAUACCAGGCACUCUGCCUGUUCUAAAUAAGAAAUGUGUAGAAGCUGGUAUCAAAACUGCAAUAGCUUUAAAUUGUAAAGUUAGUCCUGUUUCUAUGUUUGAUAGGAAACAUUACUUUUAUGCUGACAUACCAGCAGGUUAUCAAAUUACACAACAACGUGCACCAUUAGCUUUAGAAGGUAAUUUGGAAUUUCAAGUGUUCACCCCUGGUAUCCAUAAAAAACCAUAUACAGUAAAUGCUAAGAUUAAACAGAUUCAAUUGGAGCAAGACAGUGGAAAAAGUUUACAUGAAGAUGAUAGAAGUCUGGUGGAUCUUAAUAGGGCAGGGGCACCUUUAAUGGAAUUGGUUUUUGAUCCUGAUUUGAGUGAUGGAGAAGAGGCUGCAGCUUUGAUAAAGGAAUUGGUUAUAAUCUUACAGAGAAUAGGCACUUGCUCAUGUAAAAUGGAAGAGGGAGCACUCAGAGUGGAUGCUAACAUAUCAAUUCAUAAACCUGGAGAACCUUUGGGAGUACGGACAGAAGUUAAAAAUAUUGGUUCAAUUAGAGGAGUAGCUGGUGCAAUAAAGUAUGAAAUUAAAAGGCAAAUCAAAGUAUUAGAAAGUGGUGGACGAAUUGUUAAUGAGACUAGGGCAUGGGAGGCCACUUCGAAGACUACGCUUCCAAUGCGUGACAAAGAACAACAGCAAGAUUAUAGAUACAUGCCAGAACCAAAUUUACCACCAUUGCAUGUUGCUAUAGGACCCAUUAAGAAUGGUUGCGUAAAUGUCGAUGAAAUAGAAAAACAAAUUCCUGAAUUACCUAGUGGAACUCGUACACGUUUAAUAGACGAUUUCGGAUUGCAAUUACAACAGUCAAUUAUUCUUGUGAACAACCCAAUAUUAUUAAAUAUGUUUGAAGAGGCUGUGAAAGGGUCAACAAAUUAUCAGCUUUUAGCAAAUCUAUUGAUAAACGAGUUAUUAACAAUAGUAAAUAAAAAUAACAUGGAUUUAGAAAAUAUUUUAGUUGAUGGCAAGACUUUCAGUGAGAUAGCAUCAUUAAUUAAUGAUAAUCAAAUUAAUAAAAACACUGCAAAAUUAAUCAUUAACGAGGUCAUAACGGGCGAUUUGAAAAGUCCCGCAGAGAUUAUCGAGAAGAAUAAUUGGAUUCAAAUAUCAGAUGUUGCACAGAUUGAAAAGAUAUGCACGAAUAUUUUGAAUGAAAACAAGGAUAUAGUCGAACAAUAUAAGAAAGGCAAAACGAAAGUGUUCAAUUCACUGAUGGGUAAGGUUGCUAAUAAUUCAAAGCAAAUGAUCAAUAUGGCUUUGGUUCCAGAGAUCAUGAAAAAGUUGUUGAGUAAAAUGUAA